AUGGAACGAGAGCAACAGCGUCAGCGAAAGAACCCUUAUACUGCUGCUGCACUCUUGGCGAAUGAGAAACGAAAAAACUGUUGUGCCUUCUGUCUGAAACAACAUGCCCACGAAGACUGUCCAGGAGUAAGGGAUCCAAAAACUCGUAAGACUUUAGCACGUAAGUUUGGUAGAUGUUUUAAAUGCUUAGAUAAAGGCCAUAGGGCUAAUAAUUGUAGUGUAUCAACCAAGUGUAAGAAAUGCAAUGGCACACAUCAUGUUGCCCUGUGUGAUAAUGACAACAAAGAAACUAUGCAUGAGGAAAUAAGUAAAGAUAUAAUUAAACAAGACCCUAAAAUUAAUGUAUCUAGUCCUACCAAUUUGCAUGUAGGAAUUGGUGGCCUGGUUGCCUUGCAAACUGCGCGCGGGGUUUUAAGGGGAGAAAGGGAGGCUAAGGUCCGGGUACUGUUUGACGCGGGAAGUCAUCGCUCCUUUGUGACUUCGAAAGCAGCUAGUCUCGUUGAUCCCAAGGGUUUAAGACGGGAAUUGUUAGGCAUUAAUACGUUCGGUCAGAAAUGUACCAGGUCCGAACAAAGGGAUGUGGUCGAAUUAAAGCUUAAACCUCUGCAUGGGGAUAAGGUCAUAACUGUAGAAGCUUAUGUAGUACCAGAAAUUUCCAGUAUACAAAAUGCACACAUAGAAUUAGCACGAAAGGAUUACCAACACUUGAAGGGCACAUGGUUUUCUGAUGUUUGUAGCCAGGAAGUUUUAGAAAUAGACGUUCUCAUAGGAGCAGAUUAUCUUUGGCAGUUUCAAACAGGUGUUACCAGGCGAGGUAGACCGGAGGAUCCAGUAGCUGUUGAAACAGAGUUAGGUUGGGUUUUGUCAGGUCCUCUUAGAGCAAGGGACAUAGAAAGGGUUGGAGUAGCUCAGGUAAAUUUUGUAGCACAGAUAGGUAAUCAGGAGUGGAACAAUGAUAGUUUAGAGAGUAAUGUGCAAAGGCUUUGGAGUUUGGAAGGGUUAGGCAUAAUUGACGAGGAUAGUGUUCAUGAGGAAUUUUUAGAUGGCGUGACCUUCACAGGCAGUAGAUACUCCGUGAAACUGCCCUGGAAGGAAGGCCAUGACAAGCUUUCAGACAAUUACGGGAAUAGUCUAGCGAGAAUGAAGAGCCA